AUGAAACAUGCAGAUAUUUUGGACCAGUAUGAAAUGAACAUGGCUGAUGGAAAUAUAACACCUGACGUUCUAGAACAUUUAUCUCAAAGAACUACACAGAACCAUAGAGAUGGUAUAUUUGGUGAAGAGUUUAGAAAGAAAGUUAGGGAGAGAGAAGGAAGAGAACCUAUUGUACAUGACCUUGCAAACGAAAGUUUGCAAAAUGUCAUAAAAACUUACUUUGCAGACAAUGAACCGAGAAGGGAUGAAUAUUUAAGAAAACUCAAAUGGACAGUACCAAAUGAAAUGUUAGUAUUGAAAAACAUGUUCCUUGACAAAAUAAAACCAACUACAGAAAUAAAUGACGCAAGACUGAAACAUUGGGUAAAAGCUUUCCCAUUCACAAAAGAUAUUAUUGGUAACAUGGAAAGAAAACCAGAAUGGCUACAAAAACAUAUAUUUGGAAACGAGCUUAUUCCAUAUGGACAAGCUCUGUUUGAAGAGCUUGAACCGGAAACUCAGGAAAGAGUCAUGCAAACAAUACGCGAAGACUCAAAUACAAACUAUGACAAAAUCUUUCUAGGAUAUAGGUUACCUGAGAUGGGCGACCAGAGCCCAAAGGCAAAAAGGACAUGGGAAAUUUACAACAUACUAGGUGAACAUGAGGCAAAGAUGCAACAACUUGAAGCAGAGGGCAAGUUACCAAAAGCGACACCAAAGAAGAAGAGUAGAACAAAGUGA